GUUAUUUUCCAGCCGGACCACCACCACCACUGGUAACGAGUAAAAUGACCACAACCAAACAUUUCGUUCUGCUUCUCUCCAUCGCUUCCCUUCACCAAGAAUGUGCCGCUGGUUGGGACACUUGCAACGCCACGGUUCCCUGCCCCUUAAGUAAUGGGAUCCAAAAGAAUUGCGAGUACCAAAUGGGCAUUGGUGGCGGAUGUGCCUGCAACACGUGUCUAUGUCCUCGUCACGCACCGGAAAUUCUCCCCCUGGGCUGCAUCCUACUUCCUAUGAAGGUCGGGCAAAGCUGUCUCCACCAGUCGUCCCUCGACCCGCGAAAUUACACGCUUUCCUGCAGUUUAAUUCCAGGCAAUCCAGAGUGCCACCCAAUCUCGAAGACUUGUCGGUGUAAAACCGACCUUUAUCCGAGUGACGAUUUGACAGCAUGCAUUCCAAAACCGGUCGCGCUUGGAGAAUCCUGCUCGACCGAGGCGAAAUGUGAGGACAACAUUUUCCGCGGAAUUUGCAACGAGGAAGGUCGUUGUGCAUGUGAGACAGGUUUCUUCCCGCAUGUGGAUGGGAGAUCAUGCAUCGAAGCGCCGAAAAUUGUAGGGGAAAUGUGCGCCGAAGCAAAUCCGUGUGACAAUAUUCCAUUUGCGGAAUGUGUUCUUGAUGGGCAAGGUGAGAUAUUGACGUGUCAGUGUCCCCCACUGUACAAAAUUCCACACAUUGGUGAAGCAAAUAGAUGUCUAGCGUCACAGAUUGGCCUCCCGUGCUUGCGUGAAAGUUCGAACUGUGAUCUUCUCCGAGGAGCGCGGUGUUAUGGGAGUGAGGCCAAGUCAGUCUGCCUUUGCCCCAAUGGUUUCCCCAAUGAGGAGUUGACCACAUGUGGGAGAUAAUUCUAUAUCCUUAUGUGUACUUUUUUUCUUUUUUCAAAUCUUUUCCAUGGUUCGAAAAUCAAAAUCGGUAUUUAAUAUUAUUUAGAAUAAAUUCGAUUAAAGUAAAAAUUAUUUCCAUGCAGAAAGUAA